AUGGACUCCAGAGGAAAGGUCAUGGAAGAGAAGGAAGGCGGAGAGGUUCGAUACCGGGGCGUGCGGAAGCGGCCGUGGGGCAAGUAUGCCGCGGAGAUUCGCGACUCAAACAGGCAUGGCGCGCGGGUUUGGCUUGGGACUUUUAACACGGCUGAAGAGGCAGCUAGAGCUUAUGAUCGAGCUGCUUAUGCCAUGAGGGGUAGCUUGGCUAUUUUGAAUUUUCCUACUGAGUACCCAGCAAGUGGUGGCUCUUCCUCUUCAUCGUCUUCGGCUAAUUUUUCAUCUUCAGUGGCUGGGACUAUCCAGGAGAGAGGUCGCGGGGAGCAUGGAAAUGAAGUUCUUGAGUUAGAGUACUUGGAUGAUAAGUUGCUAGAGGAACUGCUUGAUUGUGAUCACCAAAAGAAGAACAAAAAAUAG